CCGCCAUAUUUGAUUUGAAGCGGAAAAAAAGAUACGCCCCUUUCUAAAUCCACAAACAUCGAUCUCAAUUAUAAAAGGGCAAGAUGACAGACUCCAAAUAUUUCACCACCACCAAAAAAGGUGAGAUCUAUGAAUUGAAAGGGGAGUUGAACAGUGAGAAAAGAGACAAAAAGAGGGAAGCAGUGAAGAAAGUCAUUGCAUCUAUGACAGUUGGGAAAGAUGUCAGUGCCCUGUUCCCAGAUGUUGUGAAUUGUAUGCAGACAGACCACUUAGAAUUGAAGAAGUUGGUCUAUCUCUAUCUGAUGAACUAUGCCAAGAGUCAACCUGACAUGGCUAUCAUGGCAGUCAACACAUUUGUAAAGGACUGUGAAGACCCAAACCCUCUCAUACGAGCCUUAGCAGUAAGAACCAUGGGAUGCAUAAGGGUUGACAAGAUAACAGAGUAUUUGGGCGAGCCUCUCAGGAAGUGCUUAAAGGAUGAGGACCCCUAUGUGCGUAAAACUGCCGCAGUGUGUGUAGCCAAGCUACAUGACAUCAAUCCUAUUCUGGUAGAGGAUCAGGGUUUCCUUGAACUUCUCCGAGACUUGCUUGGUGACUCCAACCCAAUGGUUGUUGCUAAUGCAGUAGCCGCCAUGUCAGAAAUCGUAGAAACAUCUCCAACAGCUUUGAAAAUGUUGGAAAUCAACUCUGCAACCAUUGGUAAACUCCUGACAGCCCUGAAUGAGUGCACAGAGUGGGGCCAAGUGUUUAUCCUUGACUCCAUUGCUAAUUAUAGUCCGAGGGAUGAACGUGAGGCACAAAGUAUCUGUGAGAGAGUCACGCCACGUCUGUCUCAUGCCAAUGCUGCCGUUGUACUUUCCGCCAUUAAGGUUGUCAUGAAACUCCUAGAAAUGAUGGACCAAUCAGCUGGCUUUGCGGGGACUCUUGUGAAGAAGCUUGCACCACCUUUGGUUACACUUCUAUCGGCAGAGCCAGAGAUUCAAUAUGUGGCCCUCAGGAACAUCAACCUAAUAGUACAGAAGAGGCCUGAGAUUCUCAAGCAUGAGAUGAAAGUUUUCUUUGUGAAAUACAAUGACCCCAUUUAUGUGAAGUUGGAGAAACUGGACAUUAUGAUCCGUCUCACAAACCAAGCUAACAUUGCCCAAGUGCUAGCGGAGUUGAAAGAGUACGCUACAGAGGUAGAUGUGGACUUUGUGCGUAAGUCAGUGCGUGCUAUUGGUCGCUGUGCCAUCAAAGUGGAAGCCUCUGCUGAGAGGUGUGUCAGCACUCUCCUUGACCUCAUCCAGACCAAGGUCAACUAUGUUGUACAAGAGGCUGUCGUCGUAAUUAAGGAUAUAUUCCGCAAGUACCCCAACAAAUAUGAGAGCAUCAUCUCUACUCUCUGUGAGAACCUUGACACCCUGGAUGAGCCUGAGGCAAGGGCAUCUAUGAUCUGGAUCAUUGGGGAGUAUGCUGAGCGUAUUGACAACGCUGAUGAACUACUGGAAAGUUUCUUAGAGGGAUUCCAAGAUGAGAAUGCCCAAGUGCAACUUCAGCUACUCACUGCAAUUGUCAAGUUGUUCCUCAAAAGACCCACUGAUACACAGGAGCUGGUACAGCAAGUUCUUUCUCUAGCUACACAGGACAGUGACAACCCAGAUUUGAGAGACCGUGGCUACAUCUAUUGGCGACUCCUGUCAACAGACCCAGCUGCAGCUAAAGAUGUUGUGCUGGCUGAGAAGCCUCUCAUAUCAGAGGAAACUGACCUGAUAGAGCCUACUCUCCUUGAUGAGCUGAUCUGUCACAUUUCCAGCCUGGCUUCUGUAUAUCACAAGCCACCCAGUGCAUUCGUUGAGGGCCGGCAAGCUGUCAGGAAGGCCUUACCGCCAAGAUCACAGUCUGGAGAAGGAGAGGCAGUACAGGCUGCACCAGAGGCUCCAGUUGCCCCUCCACAGCCACAAGCUACAGUCAUUCCUGGUAUGGAUUCUCUUACUGGAGACCUGCUAGAUCUUGACCUUGGCGGUCCAAGCACCUACCAGCCUCCAGCAGCUGUGCAACCACAACCAAUUGGAGGAGGUUCAAUGGAUCUGCUUGGAGAGGGACUCGAUAGCCUGCUUGGGCCCAGCCCUGUAUCAGGUAUGGACAUGGGACCUGGCCCUCGUGGUGGAGGCGUUGGGGACUUAUUUAGUCUUGCUGGUCUUGUCCCAACUACAUCCUAUGUACCACCCCAGGAGACUUGGAUAGAGGCAGGAAAAUCUAAAGGUAUGGAAGUGAAUGGUACAUUCUCCAGGAAAAACAACCAAGCUUGCAUGGAGCUGACCUUUACUAACAAGGCUAUGUCUCCUAUGGCUGGUUUUGCUGUACAGUUCAAUAAGAACAGCUUUGGUCUUGCACCCGGGAUACUCAACAUUAACACCCCACUUGCACCCAAUGCUGCAGCGAAUGUAACACUGGCUUUGACAACAACGGGAGGUGUACAAAAAAUGGAGCCCCUGAACAACCUUCAGGUUGCAGUAAAGAACAACAUUGAUGUGUUCUACUUCAGCUGCCAAGUUCCUUUGAAUGUUUUGUUUGUCGAAGAUGGUGAGAUGGAUAAACGUGUCUUCCUUGCAACAUGGAAGGAUAUUCCAUCCCAGAAUGAGGAGCAGUACACCAUUGCCAAUGUAGAGCACAGUGCAGACACUGUAACAACAAAGCUGCGCAACAACAACAUCUUCACUAUUGCUAAGCGUAAUGUUGAAGGACAAGAUAUGUUGUACCAGUCUCUGAAGUUGACCAAUAAUAUCUGGGUUCUAGCAGAGCUGAAAAUUCAACCAGGAAAUAACAACUUCAUGUUAUCAUUGAAGUCGACAACCUUGGACGUUUAUCCUGGCAUCUAUCAGAGCUAUGAUGCCAUUGUUCGUUCCUAAACUAGAACAUUUGAUGUCAUCAUUCGCUCCUAAACUAG